GCCUGUUGAGGGCGUCUAUGUGUUCCAAUUUUCAAUUGGUUUUUUUACUUCUUUCUCAGUAACCGACAGGGCAAGUGAAAACCCGUAGUUUUUAAGAAUUUUUUUAGCUUGACACUUGUAAACUUAUAAUAUCUGUCUUAUUGUUAGUUUGUUACUUGAGCAUUGGGGUACCUCACUAAAUAAUUUUUUUCUGUUAAUGAUUUUUCGGUUUUGCUGUAAAAUAUGUUUGGUGUGACAUGUAAAAAUUUUCAAGCACAAACUACAAAAAUGGGUGGCUCAGCCACCGGAGCCACCAGUACAGUGGCCGGAGUUGGUGGUCUGGUGACUGGACCGUCAGCUCCAGCAACCCAACCACCAGAUGGGAGAAGAGCUACUGUGUGUUUUUUGUAAAAUUCUUUAUCAAGUUUUCAAGGUAGAAUGUUUUACAACAUUUUACAAAGGAUUUUAUGGUCAACAGAAAACAUUUUCAGGUUCAACCAAAUUUUAUAACGAAACAAUCACGGUAAAAUACUAAAAAAUAUUCAACAUUUUGCAGCGAAAUAAAUUCUGUUUUUCUUUUCUUUUUUUGCAUUUUGUCUUACAAAACCUGCGUGAGAGUUUUAGUUCUGAGAGUGGAUUAACUGCAUUGCCACUUAGAAUGCUGGGUUUAGAGAUUUAUUACUUUUGUGAAAGAUAGUGAGAAAUUGGUUUCAUUUAUUAGAUUGAGAAGGAAGUUUUAGGCUUUAUAUGUUUAAAUGGAUAUAAAAUCAGGGAAUACAUGGAAAAAAAAAUGCUUUUUGAUUAGGAUUGCUGUUAUAAUGAUUAUAACAUUGAUAAGAAACACUAUAUGAAAACUUACAUGUUUGGAGAGUGUGGAAAAAUUUAAUAUGAAUACUGCCUAGAAGGGAGCAUUGCAAUAACAAAACCUAUUUUUCUGGCAUUUCAAGAGGUUUAUACUUUAUUAGUUAUCUCUUUUUUAUGAACUUUCUUGCUACCCAAGCAAAGUAUGGAUUGAGAUUCUCCAGUGCAUUCUUAAGAAUCUGUAUAUCCUAGAAGCAAAAAUGAACUCUUUGUAUAUGUUAGUAAAAUCUUAUCCAUUAGACUUUUACUGAAAGUUCUUUUUACUAAAGGUUUGGGUUGGGUAGUGUGCUUUUGUUGUUUUGACUCAAUUAUAUAAAAAUGUAUGAAAACAUACAAAGCAUUAAUAUCAGGGAGUGACAAUUAAGAUUUAGUAGAAGUAACAUGGGAAUUCUUCAGCAGGAUGCAGCUAGAGGGUACUGCUGAUGCUACCUCCCCUAGUUACUGGUUGAAAUGGAGGGUCUUACUAUGUGCAGUGUGGGUAGUGAUGCCUCUGGUUAUAGCAUCAUUCAUGAUAUGGAAAUAUGAAAUUCUGGACCAUAUGAAAUCUGACAGAGCAGAAACUCACACAAACCAGAUUUCACAGUAUUGCAAAGCAUGGAGACCAUGUGUCAAAGAAAUUCACCCCAUUUGGCUUCUGGCUUUCCGAGUUUUUGCAUUCUGUUUGCUCUUGGGAACGCUAAUUGUCAAAGUUGUUGCCAAUGGAGGUCGCAUAUUUUACUAUUAUACUCAGUGGACUUUUACUUUGCUUAUAAUUUAUUUUGCGUGUGGAUCGUUGCUCUCAAUUUAUGGGUGUUACCACUAUCACCUGUUAAGCAGAAGGGAUUUAAAUGUUCAUUGUGUUGAGACAGAUGCUGAGCAAGGACCAUAUGUGCCUCUCACUCUCACAUACAGGGAAGCAACAAAUGUGUCCAAAGCUAGGAGAAUUUCAGAUCCCCAGGAAAAAAAUUGUGCAUUCCAAGCUGCAGCCAUUUUAAGUUACAUCUUUGAAGUCAUGUUCCAGAUGAAUGCUGGGGCAGUUAUGCUCACUGAUUCUGUUUAUUGGUGCAUUAUUUUUCCGUUUCUUACCACCCAAGAUUACAAUCUCAAUAUUAUUACCGUGAACAUGCAUACACUCAAUGCAGUUUUACUCCUUGGUGAUACAGCAUUGAAUUGCUUGCGGGUCCCUUUGUACCGGAUUUCAUUCUUUGUUAUAUGGACGGGAGUUUAUGUCAUUGUGCAGUGGAUUAUUCAUGCUUGUGUCUCAAUUUGGUGGCCUUACCCAUUUCUUGACUUGUCAUCACCAUAUGCUCCAUUAUGGUACUUGUUGAUAGCAUCAAUGCAUAUUCCUUGCUAUGGCGUUUUUUCACUAAUUGUGGAAUUAAAGCAUUAUUUGUUGUCAAAACGGUUUCCUCAGUCUUAUCAGUGUCAAAGAUAAGAAGACAUAUCAGCUUGAUUCCCUGUGAAGCCAAACAUAUUUUGAUCUGUGCCAGAGUCACAUUCAGGCUCUCUCUGUCGCAGGCGGGUAGUUGAAUGUGCUAAAUACUUUUUGAGGUUUCUUACCUCAAGAAUGAAACAGGAUAAAAAAUGUCAAGGGAUAACAGAACACAAACUGCGGACGUGGACAAACGCGAAUCCAAACAGCGCUUAGGACUUGUUAAAGCACCUUUUCUUUUUCUUUUUUUAAAUCUUUUGAUAUAUGAGGUGAUCUACAAAUUUUGGAUUCUGUUAAUUGCUUUUCCCAUUGAGCAGGCUGAUUUUAACCAAUCACUUACAGGCUUUUAAUUUCAAGUGAAUUUUGUAUAAGUCUUGCUUGUGCAGCUGUGCUAGAAAUAUUUCAUAAGUUUUCAUGAAAAGUAAAAUCCUAGAUUUAUUUA